UCGGCACUCGCUUCUUGGGCCUUUUAAUCCAGUACAGGAAAGAAGGCGGGGCUAGAGCAUUCCAGCAGGUUCAGUCGGGGAGCUCCGCUGGCGCGGGCGGGCGAAUCAGCAACCAUGAUCCCCACGCCGUGGCACGAACACGUUGGACCGGAAGGCCAGUACAGCUCAGUUUACGAGCCGGCCGAGGACACCUUCCUGCUGCUGGACGCUCUGGAGGAGGACGCAGAGAAGCUGAAGAGCGCCAACAUUGAGAUCUGCCUUGAAGUAGGAUCUGGAUCUGGAGUAGUUUCAACUUUCGUGGCAUCAUUUAUUGAAUCUAAAGCAUUAUACUUAUGUACUGAUACCAACUCUGCAGCAGGUCUGUGCACAGUGGAGACAGCUAAACGUAAUAAUGUUGACCUUCAGCCCAUAAUUACUGAUUUGGUAACAGGAUUGUUGCCCCGACUUCUUGGGAAAGUUGAUUUGCUGUUGUUUAACCCUCCCUAUGUGGUAACUCCUUCUGUCGAGAUAAAAAGCCAUGGAAUAGAAGCAUCUUGGGCUGGAGGUAAAAAUGGCAGAGAAGUUAUGGACAAACUCUUUCCAGUCGUGUCUGACUUGCUUUCAACAAGAGGUUUAUUUUACUUAGUUGCAGUUGAAGAAAAUAAUCCAGGAAAAGUAACUGGGAGAAGACCAGAACCAGUGAUCCAAUGGACUGUUCUUUUCUACCACCUGAUUAAACCAGAAUGCUACCAUGGUGCCUACAAGAAUUUCACGGGGGACAACUCUUGUAACCUUUCAGUAGGUUUAUUGCUUACCUUUGGACAUACCACUAGGUUUACUUUUUUAACUUUUUAAAAGUUAAACAUGAGAUGGCAAAUUUUAGUAUUGGAGAAUUUGGUAGCCUGCUGUGACCUGGAACCAACUGAGACAGUGCAGUCACUUUCACUCGAUUGUCUGCCAUCCCACCAGUUUCCCCAGGUUGACAUUGUGAGAUAAGAGGGAAGACCUUGGUCUUAAGAAUUGGAUGUUCUACAACUGGUGAGAGGAAACAUGGGAAAUGAAGCUCCCAUCACUUACAAAUGCCUUACCCCACUCCUCUUGCAAUGUAAAGUAUGCUGAGGAAGACCUCCAUACUAUUAUGCUCCUAGAAACAGCACUGGAACUUCAGUAGGUACUAAGUUUAAACAAGUUAAUUCAAAUCUGAAGCAAACUUGAGUCAGACUAGCCCAUUUAAGGUAGAUUCCUUGCAAAUCUAGUCUGCUUGAUGUAGUGUAGCCACUUUCAUUCCUUUUAUACAGUUUCAGUAGAUUGAUUA